AUGCUAAAGAGACCAUAUGUACGGAAGAGACUCAUAGGGAGUGCACACCGCGCAGUACCAUUAGAGUACAGUAGUGGAGUACCCCACGGGGCAUCGCUGAUGUUUUCUGAACUACAGCGCUUAGGUAAGCAUAGAGGUUCCCUUUCAUCUAGUACACCACCUUCAUUAGCUUUCUGGAUUUAUCGUUCUUCUUUACUUCGACAACUCUGGCGUGAAGGUAUCGUGUGUGAAGCCAUUGUGUCAAGUAAAAUAAAUGCUCAAAGCUUUACGGCAUUAUUACAUUCUAUUUUAAGUUCACCUUCUUUACAAGGUGAUGGUGGGGCCCCUCAUGAGGAAGCCAUUGAAUUGGUGAGAAAUAUACAAAGAGAGUUUAUACUCUCUGUUUUAAGUGCUGCCGUGGAGAAUCAACAAUGGCCAUGGACACUACAAGAGGUGUGGGAAUGUACCACAACAUUAGUAGGCGAUUGUAUUUCUCCAGAUGAUAUUAUGAACAUCGCGUUGCUUUUACCACUAGCACGUCGUCUAAAGGAAGAAGAAGAACAAAAACAAAAGGGAAAUCAUACUCUGCGUAAGAGUUUACAUCAAUUACAAACUCAAAAAUUUCAUGCUGGGAUUUUGUGGUUACUGGCUUGGCGUGCUGUAGCGGUACCAAGACCUGAACCAGAAUUACUUGAAGCUGCAACGACAGCUGUUUGCACGGCAACAACAAGUUCAUUUUUAAAUAUAUCGGAAAGUAAGUACAAUAGCGAAGACGAAACUCAGGUUUCUUUAUUACUUCAAUCAGUUUCUAUGAAUAAAGUGGUGAAGCAAAAUAGUUGUUUUACCCCUUUUUGGCGUCUUCUUCUUUAUGAAAUGAUUCAUUAUGCCCAUUAUGUACUUUCCAAGAAAUCUAUAAAGGAACGUGUACGUGUGGGUGCGCUUCUUUCACUUCGACGUAUUAUUUCUUCCUUUCGUCGACACAGUCGUGUACGUCCAGUACUGGAGCUACAUAGUGCUAUCAUAGCCCCAUGGCAGACAAAACCAGAUGAAGAUCCAUCUACAAUCAAGGCACCUUGUGGUCCUCUUGUAUACCGUGAAGUACUUCUCCUGGACGCAUAUACACUGAUGACACUCGGACACAUUGGCGAGUCUGCAGUGGACGUGGAUGAUGAAACCGUACAGUUCACAUCGGAAAUCCAAACAAGAUGUAUGUCACAUCUUAACAUCCUCUCACAAACCACACCAAUGACAGGAGAAGAUCGUGAUAGUAUAGGACUACACCGUGGGGCACGUGCUGGGAUUGAAAAACGUUUACAUGAAGGACUUCGACUCUCUUUCAAGAUACUCUUGCGUCGAGGGGCGAAUGAGGCAGUUCAUCAACUUCUUAUACGUUGUCCACCGCUGGCUAGUUCAUGGGAAGGAGGGAAAGCAUUGGUGAUGCUCGGAAAAUAUGCAGAAGCUGUUACCGUAUUUACACAAUUUCUGGAAAGUACAAGACAACAUUUUUCUGCUGGACUCCCAUACUAUAUUCGUUGUAUGAUGUUAGAGGCAGUAGAAGGGGCAGCACGAAAAUGUUUUAGUGAACCGACAAAUAUAGUAGAACGAUUGUUUCAUUUAUAUGAAAUAACACGUACUUGGUCAUUUCCUGUUCCUGCUGCUGUGGUAUUUGCUGCUAUUGUUCGUGGAAUCAAUAAAAAUGAAGAAGUAGAAGAUAAAAACAUGACAAGACGUGAAUCUCUUGAGGUAUUGGAUGCUCUAAUACAACGACGUGCGGCAGUAGCUGUAUGUGCUAGAGAUGGUCUCUUAAUGGAAACUGUUGAGAUAUAUAUAAAAAAGUUUGUUGAAUGUUGUAAUGAAAUAAAAUCUUUGAAUCUUGAUAUGUUAACUUUUUUACAGCGUAAACAUCCUGAAUUACCAAUUUAUCGAGUUGCACUUCUUCAAUUUAUUCGAAUUGAUUACAAAGAUGGUGUAACUAUGAUGUUACAACAUAUUAUUCCUGCUGUUACAAGUGUUACCCUUUCUUUAGCUCCAUUGCAGGAGUUGCCACUGGAUGCAUUGGAGUCUCUCAAACAUCAUGUAGAGCAAACCUCUUGUAAUAAGAAAUUGUUAAUACCUGCUAUAUCAAGUGCCUUGGAGUAUCGACGUUUUGCGGAAGAAGAAAGAUUACCGUGGAAAUGUUACCUCUGCCAACAUUGGAAUAAAAAACAAUCUAAUACAUGCAAACAAUGUGGAUCACUAGAAAUAGCUGUACUUCGCUGUCAUUCAUGUAAAGGGUUUUCCCCUACAAAUUCUUCUAUUUGCUUGGUAUGUGGUGCCGAAACACAGCAACCUAUUGGAGAAAAAGGUGAACUUCACGUGAGGGAUGACUGUACUGUUUAUCCUCUUCGAAAAUGGCGAUGUAAUCGUUGUAAUCACACAAAUGAAGCAGAACACUUAUUUUAUUGCUCCAAAUGUGGAUCUGUUCAACCAAUGAUGGAACAGGCAUUAACAGAAACAGCUUAUGAUUGUAAUACUUGUAAACGUCAUAAUCCAUUAGGUUUAUUACGUCCAUGGUGUACAACUUGUGGAACUCUUAGUGUUAUUGCGAGUAAAGGACUGAGAAAAAAGACACUUUGGCGAUGUGUUGAAUGUGGAACUCUCAGUCCAUGGCUUCUCACACACUGCCAUGGAUGUGGUGGAUCAAAACCACCACCAACAACACGAUUAGAUAUUCCAUGGUUUACACGUGACUGUAGUUGUUGCAACGUGACAAAUCCUGCAUGGAGUGUUGUUUGCCAUGGUUGUGGUGCAAAACUCAUUCUUCACGACACUAUAAAAGAGGGAGAAAAUGAUCCAAAUGAUGUUGAUACAAGACCAUCCCCCAUCUAUACAUCAUGUCCACAUUGUGGGACUCUAUAUCCUAACGAUAAAGAAGUGGUAUGCUCAAAAUGUUUUGCCCAUCGUCCCCAUAUACCAUGUUCACUUUGGGUAUGCUUGAAGAAUAAUUGCUUGGGUGUGAAUUUAGAGAGUAGAGCAGAUUUGGGAUUGCUGGUAUGUAAAUAUUGUGGGGUCACACAUAAUAUGGCUGCUGUUGGGGGCUAUCAGUCGAACCCAUUACGCUAUAGAGAACCUCUUUCUAUGGCGAGGGAGAAAUGCAACGGAAAUCUGGAAACCACAGAUGAGGGGGCUUCUGAAGAGAAAGUUCUUGCAAUAACAACCGUUGACGAAGAUAAGAUGAAACAGUUACCAACAGCACUACUAUUGCCGUUAUUACCUGGGCCUCGUGUGUGUUCUUCGUGUGGUGUAUUUUUACAAAUACAGAAUAUUGCUCAUAUCUGUGAGGCAUGUAAUCACUGCGCAUACUCGUCAUCAUUCUCAAACACCCCUUGCGGAGCGGAGCAGGAUGUGGCUCUUCGUUUGAUACUUAAAGCUAUGCUAAAUACUGUUUCUCGCUUAGCACAGGGCGAACUUUCCCAUACGAAAGGGCUUUCUCUACUUCGUUCUAUGACAGAUACACUUCUUCUCGCACAGGAGGCUCAACUCCCUUGGCGAGGAUGUGAUCUCUCAAAAGAAAUACGGUACGGUAUGCAAGACCGUGUACCUAUACUAGAGAAUAAGCAUGUUCACAGUGCAGUACUCGAUGUAGAGGAAAUUCUCCGUACAAUUUGCACCAUUACAUCUUUAGUAACUUUAGAUGUAUAUGUCGAAUCAGGUGAAUUAAAGGAAAUGAAAACAACAACUUGGAUGAUUAGGCGUCCUUGGGUUUCUAUUGCUCUUGAUUUGGUAGAUCUCAUAAAUCGUACGACUGAUUGCGAUGAGUUAGGCUUUGAUACUCUUGCUCAGAUCUGUAUGCUAAUAAGGCCAGAGCAGUAUGAUCACAUACACAAUGAAACCCGUAUGGAUUACUUGAGACACAUGAAGUUACCAAGAGAGUGCUUUGUAAAUGAUGUACUAUGUCCAAUCUGUUUGCUUCCUCCAAGGCACACACAAAAAACUGCAGUGGGAUAUAUCUGCCGCUGCCCACAAAAGUAA